AUAAAAAAAUAAGAAGCAGCGUGGGCAAUUGUUUUAAAACCGUUGUUCUAUAAAAUGCACCAAAGAAAAUCUAGACAUAGAAAGAACAAAUUGGGAUCAUUGGUGUUUGGGUACCGCGUGUUCGUAACUCCAAUCCUCGUAAUACGCAGCAAACUUGACAUAAUGAUUCCUACACUACUCUAGUAUAAAAACUAUAUAAAUGAAAAUUGCGAAGGAGAACUUAUCAUGAGUGGAAUCAGUACCAAAUUGUAAUGAUCGUGAGUAUUCCGCCCCGUAUUAAAUUUACAAUUACUGUGUAGAAAAAUGCUUACUAGAAUACGAACAGUGUUGUUUUAAUCUUAUUUUCAUUCAAUCAUCGGCCAUUACAAAUAGCGGAAUUGGGGUUACUUAGAUAUUUCUUUCGAGCAUUAAUUCGAACGCAAUAAAUAAUUAUGAAUUAAGAGCACACGUAACAUUAAUAUGGUAGUUAUCUAUCAUGUCAGUGUAUAAGUAUUUGUUAAUAAUGCUAUCUAAACUUAAACCGAAGCCCGGUUUUAUCUACACUUUAAUCAAUCUCAGGCAGCGUGACACACGUGCAUCGAUCGUUCUAUAAACGAAUUCAUCCUCAAUGAAUGUUUAAGUAUGUAUGUAGGAUCCUACCUUAUUUACUAAACAGUAAUUCUUAAAGCUCUUUAUAACAACCUUCCAUUUUACCAUUCGCAUUAAUUUAGUAAAUCGUUCUAGAUCGCCAUCCACUUAAAUCAAGAGGUACGCCUACGCUAUCGGGAAUUUCGCUCUCUUUUACUUAUGCAAUAUCAUCAGGGCAAAGAGAGACAGAUUCGCAUUAUAAUGGAAUAUAAACUCAAUGCUCGAUGAUAUUAAUUCUAUAAAUAUGCAAAUCUUGAUCAUUGUUUUGAUUAUCUCUUGCACGCAUGAACUUUCGCGAUUGCUUCGAAGGGAAAUUAAAGGUGCACACAGGCGGAUAUAAGCAUCGCUACGUUUACGUUUAUCUGUUUCCCCAUAUCCUACUAGUCAAGUCUGGUAUAAAAAUCGACAUGUGUAUGUAAAAUAGCUGAUUUAUUCACUCUAUGAAAUAAAACUUUACAUAAUAGAGAGCGGCUUAGAUAUUAAAAAAAACAAAUACUUAGCUUUUUUCUCUGAGUCUGUUCCGACUUGCAAGAGGCUAGUCAUGAUUCGAUAAGUUUUCCAGUUGCUUUUGGGCAAGAAAUAUCUAAUAUAUUAGAAACGAAUAAGAUGAACUAAUAAAUGAUAAGAGUAUGUAUAAAUUAAUUAUCAUAAUAGAUACGAAUGUGGACUAUUUUGCCGUAAAUAUUUUUACUAUCUUUAAAGAUCUAAAACGACAUUAUUCCUAUGGAUAUACAUAUUACUUAAAACAAUUAGUUAAACGGUAGGUAUGUAUUGGUAGACACCUGAAACAAUACUGCCAAUACACGCUUUAGACGAGUGAUAUCUAUGGAUCCGGAAAAAGUAAGGAUAUGGGCAUUCAUACCGCGCUGUAUCUAAGGAUGAUAUGAGUAAUGCAACGGCCCAGUUUCUGCUUUAAUAGACCAUCAAAGCAUACAUCAAUACAAGUUCUUAAAACGAUUGCAAUAAUAAUUCUAUAACGAAGAGCUUGUACCUGCACUGACCUAACCUAAUGUCGUACGGCGUCAAUACCACGUUUUGGGUAACAAUGACAUGCUACGAGAAAUGCUACGUGCAACGCUGACGUUUAUUUCCCAAGUAUGAUAUUAUUUUAACAAUGUAAUUAUCUACAAUUUAAUCUUGUCUUGUCCUUUAGUAUUCGAUGUUUUAAGUACAUAUUACAUAAAUUUAGUGUAAAUUAAUUAAUCUUGGUAGGUAUCGGUACCAAGCUUUUACUUCUACUUUACUUACCGGUACCUAUAUUUCAAACGAUGUUAAAAAAUAUAAUCAUAAUUGAUAAUUAUUAUUUUUAGAACGCAAUUUAAGCCAAACCGGUGCGUGGGUAUCACACGGUAGGUGUACUAUGUCACAUAGAGAGGCAGGAUACAAGGGUUUCGAAAUAGCUUACACAUUCGUGAAAAAAUCUCAUAACGAAAGACCUAUGCUAUGUUCUCUAGUGAGCUUCGAGAAAAUUUCCAUAAUAUGAUGUAGUAGUGAAGAAAAUUUUCACAACGGGGUGAAGAAGGGUGCGGGGGAAGCGGAGGCGGAGGCUUGAUAUUGACCUAGAUGUUCAUUCAGAGUUCGGUCGAUGCGAAACUUGACAUCUGCGCGUUCCUGCGUUUUGUAUUUUUCGAUUUAAUGUACACUGAACUCGCUUGCUGUGUGAUUUAUUUCGUUAAACUACUUAGUUUAAUGUCUACUUUGAUUCAUUAGUAUUUUCGUGAUACAUGUCGUUUAGUUCUAGCGAGUGUGAUGUUAUGUGCGAUACUCGGUGUACCUUGUGUCAUUGACGCGGUGGUGGCUGCUAGUAUAAUGCUUUAUCACUUGUUUCUGUUUAAAUAACUUAAAUACUACUUUAAUUUAAGAUGUCUAAGUCACCAAACGCCAUGGAAACUCAAAUCCCCGCUGUGACUAAGAAUUCAGCAAUGGAUAAAACCGAUGUCGAUUGCAAAGAGGAGUUGAAUCAGGAGCCAGCUGGAGAAGACGCAGAACCAGCGCGUGGAAAUUGGACUGGACGAUUCGACUUCUUACUGUCACUGCUGGGCUAUAGCGUGGGCUUGGGCAAUGUCUGGCGAUUCCCUUACCUAUGCUAUAACAACGGGGGAGGGGCAUUUCUUAUUCCAUUUACUGUGAUGCUCAUAAUCGCCGGCUUGCCUCUAAUGUUCAUGGAGCUGUCGUUCGGUCAGUACGCAGCCCUGGGGCCUGUAGCCGUGUACAACAAGUUUUGCCCUCUCUUCCAAGGCCUUGGUUAUGGCAUGGUGAUAGUAUCCAGUAUUGUAAUGCUGUAUUACAAUCUUAUCAUCGCUUGGACGAUUUACUACAUGGCAGUGUCAUUCAUGAGCAUCUUCUAUCAAUUGCCCUGGCAAAACUGCGACGCGGAAUGGAGCACUGAACAUUGUUAUUCCUAUGAGGAGGCAGACAGUUGUGAAGCCAUUAACGGAACAUAUUAUCUGCGACAAUGUUUCAAUCAAUCUUACGCAUCAAUACAGAAAAUUAUUGCUUUAGCUGACGGAGCACUUCGGCGACCACCUGCUGAAGAGUAUUUCACAAAUCAAGUACUGGGACUAUCAUCAGGUAUUGAAGAAAUAGGCCAAAUUCGUCUGGGCAUGGCUCUUUGCUUGUUAGCAGCUUGGCUGAUUGUCUUUCUUUGCUUGUGUAAAGGUGUUCAGUCUUCGGGCAAGGUCGUGUACUUCACCGCUCUUUUUCCAUAUGUGGUGUUGGUUAUACUGUUUUUCCGAGGAGUAACAUUGCCAGGAGCGUCGACAGGGAUUCUUUUCUAUCUAACACCAGACUUCAGUCAACUUGCUAACGCACAGGUAUGGGGUGACGCUGCUGUCCAGAUAUUCUUUGCGCUGAGUCCGGCAUGGGGAGGUCUUAUAACUCUUUCUUCUUAUAACAAAUUUUCUAACAACUGCUACAUAGAUUCAUUAAUUGUUGCCGUAUCCAACAUAGCAACAUCCUUUUUUGCUGGUCUGGUAAUAUUUUCGGUGAUUGGGUUUCUGGCACACGAAUUGAACGUCGAAGUCGACCGAGUCGUCGAUCAAGGAGCUGGACUAGCUUUUAUCGUGUACCCUGAAGUUGUCACCCGACUACCUGUUUCUCCCCUUUGGUCUAUAUUGUUCUUCGUCAUGUUGUUAACUCUCGGUCUUGACUCACAGUUUGCUCUCAUGGAAACGGUUACAACAGCUAUAUUAGACAAAUUUCCCAAUUUCCGUCAAAAGAAAGUUUGGGUUGUGCUAACAGUUGCUGUAUUUGGCUAUCUAGGUGGACUUAUCUUCACAACAAAUAGUGGAAUGUAUUGGCUCCAAUUGAUGGAUAAAUAUGCUGCGAAUUGGUCUGUCUUGAUCAUAGCGAUCGGCGAGUGUAUUCUAAUAGCAUGGAUCUAUGGUGCAGAGAAGUUUUGCGGAGACAUCCAACGAAUGAUCGGACGUCAGUCUAAGCUGUGGGUUUUCUUUUGGAGUGCGAUGUGGCGUCUAAUUACACCUGCGGCUUUAGUGUUUAUCCUUGUGUUCAACUGGAUUGAAUACAAACCAGCUUCGUAUGGCUACUACGUUUAUCCAAUGUGGGCUGAUGCCGUGGGAUGGACACUUGGCGUUCUGCCAGUUGUCGUGGUGGUUAUAAUGGCUAUCGAUCAGAUUUGUAGUGGACCUGAUGAUCUCACCAUAAUGGAGAAAGCACGAGUGCUGUCUCGGCCAACAGAGGAGUGGGGGCCGUCAGCGUCAGCGGUGUUCCGGCACGAGUCGGAGCUGUCGCCACCGGUGCUGCUGCUGCACGGCCGCCCCGUGCUUCGCGAGCGUGGUGCUUGACCCCCACAUACCCAUCCGCUUAUUGCUAUGCGAAAGACAUCGCAAGACGGCGGAGAUUCAACAUCUAUUACAAGUGGUAUAGAAAACGAAAUUAAAAAACCAGGCGCCAUACUGAAAACCAA